UUUUGAAAAGGAGGGAGCACACUGUAAAUAUUACACGGUUUCAAUUCCACCAUUUUUUGUCGCUCACGCAAAAAUCAUUCAAUCACCAAAACUCAUGAGGCAUAACCACUCCCAAUUGUCACCAUCAAAGCCAAACCUUCAAAACACUAAACUACUUUCCCAUCACAAUAUUAUCAUAAAUUCAAAACCAAACUUCACUCAUAAGUCCUUCAGCACCGAUCCAAGAAUAACACAGCAUGUUCAUACAACAAUCAACACAACAACAAAAAUCUGACGAAAUUGUGUUCUUUUUAAGUUUGUUUUGUUUUCAGGAAAAAUACAAAAGGAUGAGAACCGUUUCACGAAACCAAAUCCGCAACGUUGAUGCUCGAAGCUUCAUUCACGCUGUCAAUCGCUGCCGCUCCAUUCGACAAUUGACGGAAAAGAUUAGGAACAAAGAAGAAGAGCAACCACGGCACCACGCUCCGAUCAUAGAUCCCAACCGACGACCGAUACACCACCACCUAGCCACCACGUUGAAAUUUCAGAACGGCAAUACCAACCGCCGGACGAAACCGCACGGUUGACGACAACAGCACAACAAGACGGUUCUAACAACACCGACAUCCCGACCAAUAGCUCACGAUGUCUUCUCCACCAUUGCGCAUCCUACUUCUGUUGUGCCAUCUCCGCUCUGUUCACAAUCACCGCCAUCAUUACAAGUAAAUACUCAUUCCGAUGAUUGACUGUGUUGCUAUGUCUAUUUUGUUCAAGUGUUAUUUAGGGGCAGAGCUGAGUUUUUCUUAAGAGAAAGUGUCUUUAGAGAAAGAUGAAACUGUGUACUGGCGUUUUAUUUUUCUUUUUCUAUUUUGUCAAAGUAAUAGAUUUUGCUCUAUUUUACUAUAAAAAAGGUAAAACUGUCAAAAGAGUGUUGUGUGAUGUGAAGAAGUGUAGGCCUCGUUCCUGUUCAUUCUACUUUGAAUUUUCUUUUCUCAUUCACUUUUGCUAAAAUAUUAACAUAGUUUCUAGGUUCUAUUGUUAUAUAAUAUAAUGCUUUGCUAUUUAAAUUUCUCAAUGGUGUGACGUUCUUGUUAUAUAUAAUUAGUUUACAUAAUUUUUUUUGACUUAUACAUAAAUCAUAAUAACAAAAAUAUUAUAAUUUAGAUUUUCUUUCUUUAAUAUAAAAAACACCAAAAAUAUUUGUUUUAAUCUUAAUAUUUCCUUUUUUAGAUUUUAAUAUGGCUAUUUUUUUUAAGAUUUUUUCUUUAAUCAAUUCUCAUUUUAUUUCUCGGUACUCCCAUUUUCUUGUUUAUUGCGAGGUACAUUCGAGCUGCUUAUCUAUUCUCGUGGAUAUUCGCAAAUUCAUCCUCAAUCUUCUCCACUGGAUCUCGCCAAUUCCAUCUAAAGGACCAGAAUGUGCUACGAAGCUAAGUCCCGAUUUAACCCUUAUUUAAAUAUUUGUUAUUUUAUUUAAAAUUAAGGUUUAUCUUUAAAUAUAAUGAACUCCGCCUACACUCAAUUCUUGUUUGCCUUUGCUCUGCCAAUUUUUUCAGGGUUAACCCCGAGUACUCCCGACUACGAACCAUAUCAGAUCAAAUCCAAAGCUAAGUUUUGUUCAUAUUUAUUUAAUUUCUUUUUGCCAUUUUUUUAAAAAUUAGGGUUAACCUUAUUUGUCAUUGAACUGAUAAUGCACUCGCCCCUAUUUUCUGUUUAUUUCUCCCUUUCCCACCUUUUCAGGGUUUGCCAACCGCCAAAGCUCAAAUAGUCGAAUAGCCAUGUCCCUUGAAUACGAGGAUACCUCAGCCAUGUUGCCUCGACUAAUGCAAAGAUCAUAAGUCCCUAAUGAUGCUGCCUUCGAUACACAAAUAUGAUCUCGUCCCUCGGAAGUUGCCUACGAAAGGUUGAGGUAUCCUCUGGUUGCCUACGAAAGGCUAUUCUGAUCUUUCCCUUUAGACUACCUGCCUCUCUAUGGCAUGGGACAGUCUUAUGGCGAACGAUAACUCGAUGACCCGUUAACAUCCAAACGAAAGGCUUUCUGCCCUCUUAUGGCAUGGAUAAACCCUUUCACCCUGAAAGGCUAAAAAAACAGAUUUUCUACAUUAUUAAGGUAAUUGCCCCUAAUUGCCUUGCUCUGGCUAAAAACUUUUUCAUAUUCUUUCUCAUAAACCUUCAAAAUGGCUACGCUCAUUUACGAGCUAAAGUCCAUACUCACUUCUUCUACAUUUCUUUUCGAAAAAGAGCAAAGCAAUUAAGAGCCCAUGGAAAGCCAUGGAUGCAAAGGGUGCCUUACACCUUCCCUUUGCAUAAUUACCCCCCGAACCCUGUUUUAUUUAAAAGGUUUUUCCUGUUUCUUUUAGCCUUUCUGAUUUAAUUUGGAUAAAAUAAAAGUCGGUGGCGACUCUUGCUACCCGCACAUUUCGAUAAAAAGUCAGUUCACCGUAUUACAGAACUGGCGACUCUGCUGGUGUUAGCUGAAGAUUUCGUUUUAUAUUGUUUGUCCUUCGAAGGAGUUGAGAAUCGAAGGAAAGAUGGUUACUGAUGGCCAUCCCUUAAAAAGUGAAAGAAUGGCUACUGAUGGUCAUGCCUCGAAGAUACAGACUUCUAAGUUCGUUGAAGAUAGUGAACACUGAAAGACUAAUGAAAGCAUAUGUCUUCGGGACUUAGACAAAAUUUAUAAAGUAUAUAUUUAAGUGUUACUACUUAGCGUGUUUUCAUAGUGUUUUUACACUGCCACGCGUCGAAGACGGACUCAGGCGGGAAGAUUUGAAAUUCGAAGACAGUAUCGUAACUGUCCAAAUACAGAUGGCUUCGCUGGAAGUUCUGAUGAGAAACGUGGCAGCAGAUUAGUGUAGGACCGUUAAGGUCGAAACUAGUAUAAAUAGGGGUCUUUAUGUUAGGAUUCCGUGUGUUCAUUUUGUACAAAUCACUCACAUAUUUACUCAAGUAUCAAGUGUUACGAGAAAGAGUUCGCUGAGAAAAUGUACGUAUGACACCACCAUUUUAAUACAUGUGUAUUGUAUUUCAUUUUCGAAUACAUUUCUGAGUUACUGCAUUCCAUUUAUUUCUUGUCAUUUACAUUCCUGUAUCUUUAUUUUACUUUCGAAUUUACUUUCAUGAUCAUUUACUUUUAAAGUCCUUAACGUUUCUGCAGUUUAAGAUUCUUUAUGUUUUAACAAUUUUUAAGUUUCAUAUGUUAUGUUAUUUAUUUUUCUUGUUGAAGUUAUAAUUACAUAUAACGAAGCAAUUACCAAGAUUCUUAAAUCGAACAAUACUCAUCGAAGAGGACAAAUUACGAAUAUGAUUCAAAUGAACAUUGAUAACAAUCUUCUUGACUAUGUGUCCUAGGAUCAAUCUAGUCGAUCCUGCAAGUAACCAAAUCAUAUUUAUUAUAGUUUGGAAGACUAGCGGUUGUUUACCGGAAAUCACCGUAAACAAAUUGGCACGCCCAGUGGGACAGUGUCAAGCAGAUUGUUUUAAUCAAUUGCUUUAUUUUUGUCUAGACAAUAUCAAGAUCUUGUAUGAACCUUAGGAACGGUAAAUUAAAGAACAGUGCACAACCGAUUCCCAAACGAAGGUACAACAAGAAAAUGGUCGUUACGGCCAGUGCAGGGGGUAAUCAAGAUCCCCACAAGGUUCAGGAUCAGGAGCGGCAAAUUCGACUUCUACUCAAGAAGCACGAGAUGCAACGGGUCCAAAUGGAUCGAGACCUGCAGAUAAUUCCCAGACUAUGCCUGAAAAUAAUACAGCACCCUCAGGGACUGUUCCAGUUUCAGUGUCGACAACCGCACCCUCAUCCACAAGCGCAGAGGACGUAUUGUUUGCCUCGACAAAUGCUGCAAACAAUUUAUUUGGUCAAGGCACGAACUCCGCUUUCGAAUGGAGACCAAAUAAUCCAUACGGAAUGCCAUACCCACAUGGAACAGGCGUACGAGGGGCAGGACAUAUAUAUCCCCCAACUAACAAUGCGACAUUUUCACCAAAUGUUAGUUCAGUGGGUCGAAGUGCACAUAACACUGGUUUCUCUACCCAAAUGCCUCACUUUACCACAAAUAACCAAGCAGCAUUUCGACAAGAAAUGGAUGCAAGCAACCAUGAUAUGGUAGGGGUUUUGGCCAGAGAAUUGACUUCAGUUUUAAGCCCACUAAUGACAAAUGUUACUACUACGAAUAGAGAAAACAUGGAGACUUUCCAAAAGAUAUCAUCUCAGAUGAAUCGAAUGGCAGAAUUCAUGGGAGUAACGCCACCUAAAAGGAAAGACAAACAGCCUUCGAAUCAAGAAGAGAGGCCCAUUUUAGAACGUGUACAAGACAUAGUUCCAUCAUCUAGGACGGCUACUAGGGAUGUAGGCCCCUCACGAAGAACAGAGGUGUUCGAAGGAACUCCAAUAAUUAACUUAGAAGCUCCAAAUCAAAGAACUGUCCCCGUCCGACAAGAAACGGAGAAGGAGCGACCCAGAUUGAGGAUUUUGGGUAGGGACGAUCAUCCAGAUGAGAUUGUCCAAAGAGUUAGAAGAGAAAAUCUGGCUACAGAAAAUAAUUUAACUGCCAUGAUAGAAAGGGUUAUGGCCAACAAUGGCCUUAGUACUGGACUCAGACGUCCAAAUUAUACAUCCCCUAUAUCAGAUUAUAUCAUGCAAACAGAAUUGCCUAGGGGAACUAAGGUUCCUAAAUUCACAAAAUUUUCUGGCGAAACUAAUGAGUCAAUUGUGGAACAUAUUGCUAGAUAUUUAACAGAAGCAGGAGACUUAGCGGGAAACGAGGAUCUAAGGAUUAAAUAUUUCCCUAGUUCGCUGACAAAAAAUGCGUUUAUUUGGUUCACUACUUUGCCACCAAAUCCGAUAGACGCAUGGGCAUACUUAGAAAGGUUGUUCCACGAGCAAUUCUACAUGGGCCAAACUAAGAUAAGCUUGAAAGAAUUGGCCAGUGUUAAAAGAAAAUUCACAGAAACAAUUGAUGAUUAUUUAAAUAGGUUCCGUCUGUUAAAAUCAAGGUGUUUUACAAUAGUCCCAGAGCAUGAACUUGUUGAAAUGGCUGCAGGUGGUCUAGAUUAUUCAAUAAGAAAGAAACUAGAUACCCAAUACCUUAGGGACAUGGCCCAAUUAGCAGAUAGGGUUCGACAAGUCGAACGUCUGAAGGCAGAAAAAGCUAGGGCAAAUAAAAGUUAUAAGAAAGAAAGAGUGGCAUACGUCGAAGCCAAGGAUGCUGAGAAUGAGUCUUUCGAUGACUCGUAUAGCCCUGAAGAAGUCGAAAUAGACUUAGCUGAAUUGAAAGAAGCGCCACCUUAUGCUUGUAAAUUGCUAAAUCCUGCCAAUGGGAAAAAUCCAGUAGAAAACGAUAAGAAUGAUAGGAUCCCUAAGAAAACUUAUACAUUCGACAUUACCAA